CAGUCCGCAUCCACCCGGCGCGGUCAGCCCCGGCUGCGGCUCCCGCUUCGAGCUCCGCGCUUCUCUCCCGAGCCGGAUCGCGGGAGCGAGCAGGGGAGGGGACCGCAGCCGGCGCCCGAGGGCAGGAGGAGUCCGCAGGCGGGCCGCUGGCUGCGGUAGCAGCUGCCGGUGGCCGGGAGGUGCCAGCCCGCGCGGGGUGGCCCAGCCGCGGGAGCGGUGGGGCGGGGGCCGCGGCCGCCGGCCCCAGGGAGAGCUCGCGGGCAGCAUGGCGGGGCUGCGGGCCAGGCGGGGCCCGGGGCCGGGGCUGCUGGCGCUCUCCGCGCUCGGCUUCUGCCUCAUGCUGCAAGUCAGCGCUAAGAGGCCCCCCAAGACCCCCCCCUGCCCGCCCAGCUGCUCUUGCACCAGGGACACCGCCUUCUGCGUGGACUCAAAGGCAGUGCCCAGGAAUCUGCCCUCGGAGGUCAUCUCCCUGACCCUGGUGAAUGCCGCCUUCUCAGAGAUCCAGGAUGGAGCGUUCUCCCACCUCCCGCUGCUGCAAUUCUUGUUACUCAACUCCAACAAGUUUACACUGAUUGGAGACAACGCCUUCACAGGACUGUCACACCUGCAGUAUCUCUUCAUUGAGAACAAUGACAUCUGGGCACUAUCCAAGUUCACCUUCCGAGGACUCAAGUCCUUGACUCACCUCUCGCUGGCCAACAAUAACCUGCAGACACUGCCCAGAGACAUCUUCCGGCCCCUGGACAUCCUGAAUGACUUGGACCUGCGGGGCAACUCACUCAACUGUGACUGCAAGGUGAAGUGGUUGGUGGAGUGGCUGGCACACACCAACACCACGGUGGCACCCAUCUACUGCGCCAGUCCGCCCCGCUUCCAGGAGCACAAGGUGCAGGACCUGCCGCUGCGGGAGUUCGACUGCAUCACCACAGAUUUCGUGUUGUACCAGACCCUGUCCUUCCCAGCAGUGUCGGCUGAGCCCUUCCUCUACUCCAGUGACCUCUAUUUGGCUCUGGCCCAGCCAGGAGUCAGUGCCUGCACGAUCCUGAAGUGGGACUAUGUCGAGCGGCAGCUUCGAGACUAUGAUAGAAUCCCAGCCCCCUCUGCAGUACACUGCAAGCCGAUGGUGGUGGACAGCCAGCUGUACGUGGUCGUGGCCCAGCUGUUUGGCGGCUCUUACAUUUACCACUGGGAUCCCAAUACCACGCGCUUCACCAAGCUGCAAGACAUCGACCCGCAGCGCGUGCGCAAGCCUAACGACCUAGAAGCCUUCCGCAUCGACGGUGACUGGUACUUUGCCGUGGCCGACAGCUCCAAGGCAGGCGCCACCAGCCUCUACCGCUGGCACCAGAAUGGCUUCUACUCUCACCAAGCGCUGCACCCCUGGCACCGUGACACCGACCUGGAGUUUGUGGACGGCGAGGGCAAGCCACGGCUGAUUGUGUCCAGCAGCUCCCAGGCACCCGUCAUCUAUCAGUGGAGUCGCACCCAGAAGCAGUUUGUGGCCCAGGGUGAGGUGACCCAGGUGCCUGAUGCCCAAGCUGUGAAACACUUUCGUGCCGGCCGCGACAGCUACCUGUGCCUCAGCCGCUACAUCGGCGACUCUAAGAUCCUGCGCUGGGAGGGUACCCGCUUCUCGGAGGUGCAGGCCCUGCCCUCCCGGGGCUCGCUGGCCCUGCAGCCCUUCCUUGUGGGUGGCCGCCGCUACCUGGCGCUGGGCAGCGAUUUCUCCUUCACCCAGAUCUACCAGUGGGAUGAGGGACGACAGAAGUUUGUACGGUUCCAGGAGCUGGCUGUGCAGGCUCCUCGGGCCUUCUGCUACAUGCCUGCUGGGGACGCCCAGCUACUCCUGGCCCCCAGCUUCAAGGGACAGACACUGGUGUAUAGACACGUUGUGGUGGAUCUCAGUGCCUAGGGGGGUGCCGAGGCCUCUGGUCUCCCCAGGGUGGCCACUGGAGGAUGGGUGGGGGCCUCUGUGAGCACCACGUACGCCUGUGUGAAGACGCGUGGCCAACCUGCAUUCAUGCCCUUGUAUCCGCACACGCCCGGUGUGCACGGGCGUACCCCGUGGACUGGCCCAGGAGGACAUGCAUCAUCACUGCAAUCAGCAUGAACACCAGGCACCCCUGGGACACCUAACACCCAGUUCCUGUGACCCCAACUGCAGGCCCCCCCUACUCUGCAGCCUUCCCCACGCUCUGCCCCCUGUCUCAUGCACGUGAGUGGUGUGGGGUGCUGGGAGCGAGGGGGGCCGCACCCUCCUGUCCUUGUGCUUCUCCUUCUGCCCCUCUGGUCUUUCCUGUUGAUGCUCCAGGCAUUGUUUACCUGCUCUUGCUCCCCGCUGUAGCCCACAGGCAUAUCUGUCAUGCUUCCCCGGGGGCCACUCACCCCUGCCCCACCCCGUCUGCAUGCUCACAUGGACGCGGACGGACACACUCAGUUACACACUCCCACGCCCUGUCUGCACCCAGUGUCCAUCUAUAAACAUGUCAGGGCACGUGUGCAUACAAGCAGAUUCAGCACUGCCUACCAGGCUCUCCUGUUACCUUGCCUCUCUGCUUGGAGGGGGCCCCCUCUGCUCACCCCCAGCGUGCCCCCCCAGAACUGAUAAGGAUGAGAAUGGUGGUGCCAGCUUCUGAGGGCCUGCUUGGCCUCCUGGGGGCAAAGCCCCUCUGCCCGAAGCAAUAACAACAGCAGCAGAAGCAACCCCGGGGAGCUGCCAGGGGUGUCUGUGUCUGUUCUCCUUGGUGUUUCCUUCAUGGCCCUGAAUCCCAGCUCACCCAUGGACAGAAGACCUCCCCUCAACUGAAAGUCUUUCUGCCUUCCUUCCUGUAGCUGUCGCUUUCUCAGGCUUGGACUGUCCCCUGGUUUACCCUGUCUUUGGGAUGUGGCCCUUGAGCUGGGCGGGCUCCUUGGGUGGAUUAGAGAGCUGGCCGAGCUGCAAGCACCUGAGUUACCUGCGAGGGUGCCCAGAGCGGAGCUUGGCCUGAGGGCAUGUUGCAGCCCUGGCCCUGCCAGUCCACAGAGGCCCCCAGGAGCACUGCCUUUCAGUGGACGGGGUGGGGGCUAGUGGGGCCCGAGCUUCUGCUGCCCUCUGCUGUCUGCUGAGAUGCCAGGCUAGUGGAGAGGGAAUGGGCAGGGGUGGCCCUUCCCUGUGCCCAAAUGGUGUGAUGCUCCUUGUGGCAAGAUAUCAGGGUACUGGGGGGCAAUGCUAUGAUUCACUUGCUUCAAAUAAAAAGUUCCUGCCCCAUAA